CUUGAAGCUCGCUUUCCCUCUAGCGACCCCAACCUCGGUUUCCCAAUCCUUUGUGACAGCAAGCAGUUUCCGCAACUGCAAAAAUGCCGGGAACGUCGCGCAUGCCCAUCAGCUUGCGAGGGACCCUCAACAAUGUUCGCAGGAGGUCGCGAGCUAUCAAUAACCCUUUGGGGUUGCUCGACUUAGACUUAAUCCGCAACAUCAUCUUCUUCCUUUUCCUCCUGCGAUGGACUCGUCGCGCCAUCUGGAAGCUCAAGGGCCGCGGCCUGCUCGGCACUCUGGCCGAGGUGUACGCUGAUGUGCGCCGCGUGCUCUAUGGGUGGUUCCUGAGGAUGCCGGGCGUCCGCGCAAAAGUGCGCAGGCAGAUCGACGAGGCGCUCUCCAAAGUGCAGGCAAAGAUGGUCCCUUCAAAUGCGACGCGCUACUUGACGCUGCCCAAGGAGGGUUGGACCGAGGAGGCCGUGCGCAAGGAGCUCAAAGACCUGGCUGAUAUGGACCACACGCGCUGGGAGGACGGCUAUGUCUCGGGCGCCGUGUACCACGGCGAGGAUGACCUGCUGAAAUUGCAGACUGAGGCGUACGGGAAGUUCACCGUGGCGAAUCCGAUCCAUCCGGAUGUAUUCCCCGGCGUGAGGAAGAUGGAGGCUGAGGUGGUGGCGAUGGUGCUGAACCUGUUUAACGCGCCGCCCGGUGCCGCGGGUGUGAGCACCAGUGGAGGGACAGAGAGUAUCCUUAUGGCUUGCCUGAGUGCGAGGCAGAAGGCAUAUGUUGAGAGGGGUGUUACCGAGCCGGAGAUGAUCCUCCCCGAUACGGCACACACGGCUUUCCGCAAGGCAGGCGAGUACUUCAAAAUCAAGGUUCACCUCGUCGCGUGUCCUGCGCCUGACUACCAAGUCGACAUCCGGCGCGUGGCCCGCCUCAUCAACAGCAACACCAUCCUCCUGGUUGGCUCCGCGCCUAACUUCCCGCAUGGCAUCAUGGACGACAUCUCGGCCCUCUCCAAGCUCGCCCUGAAGAAGCGCCUGCCGCUGCACGUCGACUGUUGCCUCGGCUCCUUCCUGGUGCCCUUCCUCGAAAAAGCCGGCUUCGAGACGGCCCCCUUCGACUUCCGCCUCAAGGGCGUCACCUCCAUAUCCUGCGACACGCACAAGUACGGCUUUGCGCCCAAGGGCAACAGCACCGUGCUCUACCGCACCCAAGCCCUGCGCUCCUACCAAUAUUUCAUCGACCCAUCCUGGUCAGGCGGCGUGUACGCGUCCCCGGGGCUCGCCGGUUCCCGCCCGGGCGCCCUGAUCGCGGCCUGCUGGGCAAGCCUGAUGUCGGUAGGCGAAGUCGGCUACCUAUCCUCGUGCACGCAAAUCGUGGGCACGACCAAGAAACUCCUCGCCCAUAUCCGCACCUCCCCUGCGCUAUCCCCCGAACUCGAGAUCCUCGGCAACCCGCUCGUGAGCGUCCUCGCCUUCCGCGCCAAGACGCUCAACAUCUACGACAUCGCCGACGGCAUGUCCGCCAAGGGGUGGCACCUCAAUGCGCUGCAGUAUCCGCCGGCGAUUCACGUCGCCGUGACGCUACCCAUCGCCAAGGUGUGGGAGCGGCUGGCGGCCGAUUUGGAGGCUGUCGUGGAGGAGGAGAAGGAGAAGGAACGAGUGAGACUCGUCGAAGGGAAGGGGGCGGCGAAAGGCGGCGCCGAGGCCGCCGGGGACACGGCGGCUUUGUAUGGCGUUGCGGGCAGCCUGCCGAACAAGAGCGUUGUUGUGGAUUUGGCCAUGGGGUUUCUGGAUUUGAUGUAUAAGGCUUGAUAUUGUAUUGACACCUUGUACUUGUUUUGAUUGGUGCGUGAUCGCGCUGCUUUCACAGCAUAACUGACAUCAACACAAGGGGGGCAACUAUGUCAGAUACCGCACUUCUGGGUGAUGGCCGGCGUACAUCAAUGGACAAUGAAGGUACAUAUGCGGGUCUAUCAAAUCUUUUCCAAGCAAAGUAGGGGACACAGGAGAUUCCUGAGGGCCGCGACUCAGGGAUUGUGUGAUGUACGUAGGUAUCUGUGCCUCACGUUGUGGUCUCUUCUAGACUCACGAAUCAAGAAGCUU